CUUCCAACAUCUACUAUACUAGUAAUAGACGCCAACGAGCACCACCCUUGGUGGGACCCAGGCUGCAAAAAAACUAGCCAAGGCGGCCAGCCACUAGCCGAUUGGAUAGAAGACCAGAACCUUAGCCUCCUUAAUACGCCAGGAGCUACUACUUUCUUUAGACCUAAUAUGUCUAGAGAAACAACGCUAGAUCUAACUAUCGCUACACUAGAUCUAGUAGACAAAGUAGAAGACUGGCAAACUACUACAGAAACUGGAUCUGAUCAUCACGGGAUACUCUUCUCAAUA